CAAUCCACCAGGCCUCCGUGAUAUUAUCAUCACGCAACAGUUAUCUGUACAUGUUGACAGCGACAAAUGAAACCAGCGGCAGUCUUAUCGUAAAUCUUCUGUACUAUCCUUAUCCUUUCCUUUCUCAAGGCGCUGCCAGAACUGCGCCUGCCAAACCCAGAUGGCAGUAGUGUGUUUUUCAUCGAAUCAACUUCAAGUUACCGAGUUAACUUGAGAAAAUUAGCUUCAAUGAUCGAGUCGCUGUGCUUGGGACUCAUAAAUGAGCUAGCUAGAUUCGUAUCAUAUAACGAAUAUUCCUCUCGCGCCAUUAUUAUAUAGCAUUUUAUGCCGUAGUUGUUAUGAAUUUAUUUCAAUUCGCUGAUCGGUGAACAUUGAAAGAGGAGAUAUGGGUGCUGUAAGGUGGGAUUUUCUUGUUCUUCUUGCUGUUGUGGGAUUGAUUUCAAGUGCUGCAAAAUUUUCUAAUGGUGGAAGAACAAGUAGUUUUGUGAGGAGUGCUAAUCUGUCCCUUGAUAUGCCGCUGGACAGUGAUGUGUUUCGGGUGCCUCCGGGUUACAAUGCUCCUCAGCAGGUUCAUAUAACACAAGGAGAUCAUGUGGGAAAGGCUAUGCUUGUCUCUUGGGUGACACCAGAUGAGCCCGGUUCAAACACUGUGCUUUACUGGGCGGAAAACACAACACUCAUAAAACAGGCUGAAGGCAUCGUUCUUUCUUACAAAUUCUUCAAUUACACUUCGGGUUACAUUCAUCACUGCACUGUUAAGGAUCUGGAGUUCGACACCAAAUAUUACUAUGAAGUUGGAAUUGGGAAUACUGCAAGACAGUUCUGGUUUAGAACUGCUCCAGAAUCUGGCCCAGACGUCCCAUAUACUUUUGGCAUUAUAGGGGAUCUGGGGCAGACCUUCGACUCAAAUACGACUCUUACACAUUAUGAACAAAACCCAACAAAAGGCCAGACAUUAUUGUAUGUGGGAGAUCUGUCUUAUGCAGAUGAUUAUCCACUUCAUGACAACACCCGUUGGGAUACUUGGGGAAGGUUCACUGAGAGAAAUGCUGCUUAUCAACCUUGGAUAUGGACUGCAGGAAAUCAUGAACUCGAUUUUGUUCCUGAUCUUGGCGAACAAAUACCGUUUAAACCAUAUACAUACAGGUAUCAUGUACCUUAUGAAGCAUCAUUGAGUCCUUCUCCUCUUUGGUACUCCAUUAAGAGAGCUUCGGCCUAUAUCAUUGUCAUGUCCUCAUACUCAGCUUUUGGAAAAUAUACUCCUCAGUACGAAUGGCUGGAGCUGGAGUUUCCCAGAGUGAACAGAACGGAAACUCCCUGGCUUAUUGUUCUUAUGCACUGUCCGAUGUACAGUAGUUAUGUACAUCACUAUAUGGAGGGCGAAACCAUGAGAGUAAUGUAUGAGCCAUGGUUUGUGGAGUACAAGGUCGACGUCGUCUUUGCCGGCCAUUUUCAUGCCUAUGAAAGAUCUGAACGAAUAUCAAAUAUUGCAUACAACAUUACAAAUGGAGAUUGCACCCCCAUUAGUGAUCAAUCUGCCCCUGUUUACAUAACAGUUGGAGAUGGGGGAAAUCUAGAAGGAUUGGUGACAGAAAUGAUAGAGCCCCAGCCAAGCUACUCAGCUUACCGUGAAGCAAGCUUUGGACAUGGAACAUUAGAUAUAAAGAACAGGACUCAUGCCUACUUCAGUUGGAACCGUAAUGAAGAUGGUUAUGCUGUAGAAGCUGAUUCUGUUUGGUUGCAUAACAGACACUGGAACCCGUCAGAACAAUUCUCCAGAGCUGCAUUUUAAUGACUCUUAUAUCUAGAUCAAAUCCAAAUAAUCAACUCUACAAUUCAAAUCCAAACAUUCAUUCAAAUAUAUCUUGAAAAACUUUUGCCCUGGAAAUUUACAUUUAUCAUAAUGAUUGUGGUAGUUUAUGUUGA